AUGUCUCUGAUGAAUCAAUCCAGUUCACUGAAUGCCACGUACCUGGCAGUGUACAAUGAUUUCGUCGCAAAUAUCCCAGCGGACAUUACGGGAGCUGCAAGGGAUUGGCUGCUAGCAACACACUCUCAGUCGCUGUUUACUCAACAGCAGCUAGGUCAGAGUGUAAUUGACCUAGAAACCAGGCAGCGAGUGGUACUCGAUGCCAAUACUGCAGAAAUAACCCUGCUAAGACUAGCCAUCCAAGGCUUGCAAGCAGGGCAAGCGGCAGCAGCCCCUCCAAUACCUCCAUCCGCAACCCGGCCAAAGCAGAAAAUUGCUCCACCCAAAAAGUUCUUGGGUCAUGGCACUCCAAAGAUAAAGGAAUGGCUCGAACAGGUCUAUCUAUACCUGGACAAUGUUGUGGACGAGCAGCUUCGCAUAAAGCUGUCUCUGUCAUAUCUGGAAGGAGAUGCCCAUGACUAUAUGGACAAUUACUACACUUUGGUACAAUCAAAUUCUCCGCUCGGGACGUGGGCCGACUUUGUCAACCGGCUCACUACAUCGUAUGACACCAAGGACAAGCCAUGA